GCAUGGUCCAAGGCGUCAGAGGUGGCGCAGGCCUACAGCAUAGGGAAGCUAGAGGCCCAGUCCGCCCUAAACCUCUUCAAGGAGAUCGACUCUGAAGUGUCGGACACCCUGGGACGCCUUGCCGAAUUGAGGAAUUCACCAGACAUCCUCAAGACUGUAUGUGACCGCCUUGGUGGAGAUUUUGAGCAGACACAUGCAAAGCUGAGAAAACCAUAUGGGAUGAAAGACACGGAAUCUUGGGAGACCAUUCAGCGGCGAUGCGCAGGCUUCCACGCCCUGUUGAACCAGUUUCGAUCCAAAUACCCUGAGGAGUUUGUGAAGGCUGAGGAGCCAACACUUGUCAAGGGGUUCCUUUUGAAGCACGCAGAUGCGGAGAUUGAUGUGUUGCUGGAAGAGAGCGUACCACCAGCAGAUAUCUCGCGAGUAGGCAUAUUCCGAGCUCCCGUCGCCAAGCAUAUGAAAAAGGCAAGGUUCGACUUGAGUCUACAGUAUGUUUUGUGUGAUCGCUGCCUCUUUAGUAGUCUGGCGUGUCAGAGAGCAGGUCGAGGCUGA